GUAAAAAUGGGGAUACGUCUUUUAACAGGGAGGGGAAAAUCCAAGCCGAGGGCGAGACACCCCCAGGUAGUGGUGGAAGUGGUAGUACCAGUAGCAGUACCAGUAGCAGCACUAGUAGCAGUACCAGUAGCAGCACUAGUAGCAGUACUGGUAGUACUCCUAGCAGUGGUAGCAGUGCGCCCGUCGAGGAUGGCUACCUGUUCGAGGUGGAUAAUGAUACCAGCAGUGACGCAAACGUGAGCGUCGGUUUGGGCCCCCCAAAGGAAAGUCCCAGACUGAACGUUUCGAUUUUCUCAGAGAUAGGAAAAAGAGAAAUACUGGAGUCAUGCAAAAGGAGAAGGAACAUGCAAAAUGAAAUCAACAAGAAUAGUGACGCGCGGAAUAUGUUUAAUAGGGAUAUUUAUUUUUGGCUGAAGCGGAAGGUGCAUAGGUCCGUCGGGUGGCAGUUGACAGCGGGACGUUUGAACAAAGGAGAGGAGGUCAUCGACGUGACGGAUCUGACGUGCGCCGGGGGGCAUGGCCUAGUGGGGGGAUCUCCCCCGGGGGUGCAGGCGGAGGUGCCGGCUGAGGUGCGCGCAGAGGCUGUCCCCAAUCAGGACGCCAACGCAUACGCCAGUAGGGAGUCCAACGUGUACGCCAGCCGCGAACCCAACGCAUACGCCAGUAGGGAGUCCAACGUGUACGCCAGCCGCGAAUCCAACGCAUACGCCAGCCGGGAACCCAACGCGAAAACGAGUGUGAAGGGCGGGGCGGGCCUCAACACGGAUCACCUAAUCGCCGAGGAGAGGGCCGCGCCAAGGUUGUUGGGGCCUGUCCAGGGGAAGGACUCCCCCAGGGGGACGUACCUGCAGAGGCGGGCGGCGCCGCUCCACUUUUUGAACAGGUUUAGCGCGAAAGGGGCGGGUAGUCCCCGCAAAGAGGGGAUCGACGAGGGGCGCAGCCAGGAGGGAAGCCAGGAUAACAGCCAGGGGAGCAGCCAGGAGAGCCGCCAGGAUAACAGCCAGGAGAGCCGCCAAUGGAGCAGCCAGGAGAGCCGCCAAUGGAGCAGCCAGGAGAGCCGCCAAUGGAGCCGCCAAUGGAGCAGCCAGGUUAAGAGCCAGGGGGGGGACCCCGCCGAGGAGUACCAAGGCAUCGUGGACAACAGCACGAACGUGUUCAAGCAGCUGCGGGAUAAUUACCAACUAUUCAAAGAAAAAAAAUUAUCUCCAAACCUACUGGAGAGCUGCGAAAAAUACGUGAGCUACUACUACGGAAUCGAGAAGGAAGAAAAAAUAAAGGAACUUCGAAAGUACGCAAACAUAAAUUUCUACGAUAUGAUCAAGGAAGGGAAUUUCACAAUCGAUGAUUACAAUCGUCUCCUAAAAAGCAAAAUUUUUUUUAACAAUGAAGAGGAGGCAUUUCGGAACUUCAAUCUGUUCAAACAGCAUGACCUUAAAGUGAACGUGGAGACAUAUAACUGUUUGAUGUAUGCAUCUAUUGUCCACAAAAAUGCAAAAUUGGGUAGACUAAUAUACUUGCAAAUGGUAAAAGAUGCUAUAAAUCCGAAUAAAAAUACGUACUGCAUUUUGAUCAAGGCACAUAUUAUGGACAAUGACAUUAGAAGCGCUUUCCACUUGUACAGAAAAAUGAUAAAAGAAGAUAUAGAGGUGGACUUACCCAUUUAUUCUACCCUUAUUGAUGGUCUGCUAAAGCACAAGCAUUAUGAAAGAGCAGAAUCCUUUUUUAAUUACAUCGUUAGCUAUAGAAACGUCACUCCUGAUGAGAUACUCUAUACCAUUAUGAUUAAGAAGUGUGCCUAUAGAGGAGAGGCGGAGAAGUGCCUCAAUUUUUACGAUACCAUGAUUAGCAGUAAUAUGAAAAUUACGGAUAUAACUCUCAUAGAGAUUAUUAACUGUCUUUCCAAAAGAAAGGAUUAUUUUUCACAAGUUUUUCAUUUUUAUAAUAUUUAUUUGGCUAAUGAUAUGAGUAUUAACCACCGUUUGGUGUUGUACUUAAUUGUGGCUUGCUCCAGUACAGGGAAUGUAAAGCGGUUGAAGGAGGUUUUGAAGAGUGCUAAUCGGCACCGAGUUAGGAUCACGGAGGAGAUGUGCUGCUACAUCAUACGGACCUUUGCGAACAACUGCCGCCGUGAGGGCAUCACGCUCAGCGAGCGGCACAACAAUAUCCGCUACGCCUGGGCGGUGGUCCACGAAUUGGUGCGUAGGGGGAGGGAAGCCAGAGAAGUGGGAGAAGUGGGAGAAGUGGAAGAAGCGAGAGAAGUGAGAGAAGCGAAAGAAGCUGGUGCAGCGGAAGAAGCGAGAGAAGUGGAAGAAGCUAGAGAAGCUACUGCAGCGAAAGAAGCGGGCACAUCGGGAGCAGCCGCUGCAACGCACGCUGGGGGUAGUGGCACAAUCGGUGUCAACACCUCUCAUGGUGGAGGAGUUACCCCCCUCCGCGGAGGCACAAAAAUAUUGAACAGCAUCGUGCAGCUGUACAUACACUGCGACUACCACGACUACGCCAUCAGCAUGCUCAAAUACUACACCCACUUCGAAUGCCUCCCGGAUAUGUACACCUUCGGACUGCUCUACAAGCUACUGUUUUACAAAAUGGAGGACUACGGAAGGGUCCUUUGUCUAUACGAUUACAUGGUCAAUCAAACUGGAGUGAAACCAGAUGAAAAGACACUGAAUCUCGUUCUACGUGCAGCCAUCAAAACCAAGUCCUCAAAAAGCACAUUAUAUGUGUUACGGCAAAUGUACACAGCGAAGGUCUACCCGACAGCGAAGACCAUAAAGGAACUCUACCAUGUCGGUCGACACAUAACUGAUAUACAGAUACUUAUUAAUAACAUGAUAAAGCAACAGAAAAGGGAAAUUUACGAGGAAAAUGUAAAGGAGAGUCAACUAAUUCAGCUGAAUAUUGAUGAAUAUGAGUUGAAUUUAUUUCGGGAAGGGAAGACGUUCAAAACGAAGUCUCAGUUGGAUCAAGUACGGGAUCAAUUCUUUAGGAGGAAGGAACGCGUGGAGAAAGAAAAGCGCAUGUCUAAGGGUAAGAAGUCUUCUGAUUGGCUGCCCUACGGUCAGUACCUCCAGCGCAAGCGAAAGGGUGGUGAGGCCUACGCACAGAAAGUCGACCGUCCCAAGCCCCUACCCUUCGCCUAA